AUGGAAGAAAAAAACCAUGAAAAAAUUUACAUUACAUCCAUAUAUGCAAGCCCCAACGCCAUCACAAGAUGGAACUUAUGGCAGCAACUCACGGAGAUUUGCCCGGCAACGAAAUGGCCAUGGUUCAUUGGAGGGGACUUUAACAGAACCCUUACAGCAAACGAACGCCGUUCUAAUGCAACAAGAACAGGCAUGAUUGAUCGGGAAUUCUCGAACUGGGUGGAACAAAUGGCCUUAAUAGACAUAGGGUGCUCAGGACCUUUCUUUACCUGGAAGAGAGAAGGAUGCGAGAGCCGUAUUGACCAGGUUCUAAUGAAUGCUCGAGCUAAAGAAAAUUACUUGGAUGCUGUAGUGAAGACCCUUCCCUGGUUCAAAUCAGACCACAGACCUCUGCUUCUACAAAUGAGAACUCUAGGACCAACCUUCACGCAUCAAAGACCGUUUCGCUUCAACACGUCCUGGAUUCUUCACGAGGAUUUUGAUAGAUUUAUUAAGGAUACAUGGGCUUGCAACUCAUCCUAG